CCGCUGUGGCUGGAGGUGAUCCUGAUCAUGGGGCUGCUGGUGCUGUCGGGGAUGUUCAGUGGGCUCAACCUGGGGCUGAUGGCGCUGGACCCCAUGGAGCUGCGCAUCGUGCAGAACUGCGGCACCGACAAGGAGAAGAGGUACGCGCGCAAGAUCGAGCCCAUCCGGAGGAAAGGCAACUACCUGCUCUGCUCCCUGCUGCUGGGCAACGUGCUGGUUAACACCACCCUCACCAUCCUCCUCGACGACCUCACGGGCUCCGGGUUCGGCGCCGUCAUCGCCUCCACCAUCGGCAUCGUCAUCUUCGGGGAGAUCGUGCCGCAGGCGCUGUGCUCCCGCCACGGCCUGGCCGUGGGCGCCAACACCAUCGUGGUCACCAAGUUCUUCAUGCUGGUGACAUUUCCCCUCUCCUACCCCAUCAGCAAACUCCUGGACUGCAUCCUGGGCCAGGAGAUCGGCACCGUGUACAACAGGGAGAAGCUGGUGGAGAUGCUGAAGGUGACGGAACCCUACAACGACCUGGUGAGGGAGGAGCUCAACAUGAUCCAAGGAGCUCUGGAGCUGCGCACCAAGACGGUGGAGGAUGUGAUGACCCCUCUGCAGAACUGCUUCAUGAUCAACAGUGAUGCCAUCCUGGACUUCAACACCAUGUCAGAGAUCAUGGAGAGCGGCUACACCCGCAUUCCUGUCUACGAGGACGAGCGCUCCAACAUCAUGGACAUCCUCUACGUCAAGGACUUGGCUUUCGUGGACCCUGAUGACUGCACCCCCCUCAAAACCAUCACCAAAUUCUACAACCACCCUGUCCAUGUUGUCUUCCACGACACUAAGCUGGAUGCCAUGCUGGAGGAGUUCAAAAAGGGGAAGUCCCACCUGGCCAUUGUGCAGAAGGUGAACAAUGAGGGUGAGGGAGACCCUUUCUACGAGGUGCUGGGGCUGGUGACGCUGGAGGACGUCAUCGAGGAGAUCAUCAAGUCGGAGAUCCUGGAUGAGUCAGAUACCUACACUGACAACCGCAGCAGGAAGCGAGUGGGCAACCAGAAAAACAAAAGGGACUUCUCGGCCUUCAAGGACCCAGUCAACGAGCUGAAGGUCAAGGUGUCCCCACAGCUGCUGCUGGCUGCACACAGAUUCCUCUCCACUGGAGAGGUGUCACUCUUCACCCCCAAUUUCAUCUCGGAGAAGAUCCUCCUGCGGCUCCUCAAAUAUUCCGACGUCAUCCAGGAGCUGAAAUUUGAUGAGGAGAACAAGAAAUCCCCACGUCACUUCCUCUACUGCAAGAACAAACCAGCUGACUACUUCAUCCUCAUCCUGCAGGGCAAGGUGGAGGUGGAGGCUGGCAAGGAGUGCAUGAAGUUUGAGGCAGGAGCCUUCUCCUACUAUGGGGUGAUGGCUCUUGGCCCCACUCCUGGAUCUGCCCUCAGCUACCAGGAGCGCUCGGAGUCCGUGUCGUCGCCCAUCAGCGGCAGCAACAACCAGCUCAACGCCAGCACUGCCGCCCAGUACGUGGCUGACUUCAGCGUCCGCGCCCUCACCGACCUCCAGUUCGUCAAGAUCACACGACAGGAAUACCAGAACGGCCUGACGGCUUCCCGCAUAGACAGUUGUCCCCAGUCCCCCGACAGCAACGCACCCAAACUGGACCCUGGGGCACCGGAGAAACCGGAGCCUCCUGCCCCUGCCGAUGAGACCACGAGUCUCCUGAACGAGAGGAACUGCCUGAGCCGCCGGAGCAACCACAGUCCCCUGGAAAACUCCAUCUGA